CGCUCAUCAUUCUUUCUUCGACACAUCCGAAGCUCCGUUGCCAUUAAGAUGCCGUCCACCGAUGAUCGACAGACAGUCGCAAUCGAGGCUGAUGCCAAUGAGACCGGCAUUCCAUUAAAUGAUGACGGCCUGGAAUCUGAUACCGAUUCUCUCGCGUCUUUGAGCUCCGAGGUCCUUGCAUAUGAGUACAAGAACGGCCGCCGGUAUGCCACAUAUGGAUCCAACCAAUAUUUCUUACCGAACGACGAGCUUGAAUGCGACCGAGCCAAUUUGUUGCAGCAUAUCUAUGGUUUGCUGUUUGACGGGCGACUAGUCUUCUCACCGAUCGAGAACCCAAAGCGAAUCUUGGAUAUUGGCACAGGAUCUGGCAUUUGGGCAAUAGAUGUUGCUUUGAAGUUCCCAGGUGCGCGGGUUACCGCAACUGAUAUAUCAGCACAUCAGCCCUCAUGGGUUCCGACAAACCUCACUUUCCAGAUCGAUGACGCAGAACUCGACUGGAAUUUCAGUCAUUUAUUCGAUCUGGUUCACAUGCAGAACUUGAACGGUGCUUUUCGCGACUGGCCACGUCUGUUCUGCCAGGCAUAUGAUAACCUCAAACCAGGAGGAUAUUUUGAAGUCAAAGAGGCUGAUGUUUACGCUACCUGUGAUGACGGUACUGUCCCAGAUGACUCGAGCCUUCGCGUCAUAGAGAGAGAAUGCAUGGGAGCUUGUGUGCAGCUUGGCCAAACGCUAUCGGCACCGGAGAACUUGAAGCGAUGGAUGGAAGAAGCCGGGUUUGUGGACGUGCAGGAACACCAGUUUAAACUCCCCAUGAACACAUGGCCUAAGGAUCCUCACCUCAAAGAAAUCGGCCGAUUCCAAUGCGCUCAGUACUUGGGGGCAUUGUCACCUUAUGGCCUUGGAUUGCUUGUAGGGGUUCUCGGGUGGUCGAGAGAGGAGACGGAGCUGUUUCUGGUUGGAGUGAGAGAGAACAUCCAGAACCGGAGUAUACAUGCGUAUCAUAUUGUGCGAGUUGUGACUGGGCGUCGACCAUGACCAGAUCAGCAACAUGUACAUCCUGCAUGACAGAAUUACCUUACCCAGUUCUUGGUUGAUCAAGAAAAGAGUGUUUACAUAGGAAAGGAGUAGAGAACGGACUUAUACCACCUUUGUAGAGUAUAUGAUCUUAUUUAUGAAUUGCAAACCUGAAACUGGAAU